AUGUUCAGCUCCUCUGUGUCUUACCUGUGUUCUAGCUCCUCUGUGUCUUACCUGUGUUCUAGCUCCUCUGUGUCUUACCCGUGUUCUAGCUCCUCUGUGUCUUACCUGUGUUCUAGCUCCUCUGUGUCUUACCUAUGUUCUAGCUCCUCUUGUUCUAGCUCCUCUGUGUCUUACCUGUGUUCUAGCUCCUCUGUGUCUUACCUGUGUUCUAGCUCCUGUCUCCUGUUUCCUCCUGUGUCUUACCUGUGUUCUAGCUCCUCUGUGUCUUACCUGUGUUCUAGCUCCUCUCCUGUGUCUUACCUGUGUUCUAGCUCCUCUGUGUCUUACCUGUGUUCUUGCUCCUCUCAUGUGUCUUACCUGUGUUCUAGCUCCUCUGUGUCUUACCUGUGUUCUAGCUCCUCUCCUGUGUCUUACCUAUGUUCUAGGUCCUCUGUGUCUUACCUGUGUUCUAGCUCCUCUGUGUCUUACCUGUGUUCUAGCUCCUCUGUGUCUUACCCGUGUUCUAGCUCCUCUGUGUCUUACCUGUGUUCUAGCUCCUCUGUGUCUUACCUAUCUGCUGUGUCUUACUUGUGUUCUAGCUCCUCUGUGUCUUACCUGUGUUCUAGAUCCUCUCCUGUGUCUUACCUGUGUUCUAGCUCCUCUGUGUCUUACCUGUGUUCUAGCUCCUCUCCUGUGUCUUACCUGUGUUCUAGCUCCUCUGUGUCUUACCUGUGUUCUUGCUCCUGUCUCCUCUGUGUCUUACCUGUGUUGAAGCUCCUGUGUCUUACCUGUGUUCUAGCUCCUCUCCUGUGUCUUACCUGUGUUCUAGCUCCUGUGUCUUACCUAUGUUCUAGCUCCUCUGUGUCUUACCUGUGUUCUAGCUCCUCUGUGUCUUACCUGUGUUCUAGCUCCUCUGUGUCUUACCUGUGUUCUAGCUCCUGUCUCCUAUCUCCUGUGUCUUACCUAUGUUCUAGCUCCUCUGUGUCUUACCUGUGUUCUAGCUCCUCUGUGUCUUACCUGUGUUCUAGCUCCUCUGUGUCUUACCUGUGUUCUCCUGUGUCUUACCUGUGUUCUAGCUCCUCUGUGUCUUACCUGUGUUCUAGCUCCUCUCCUGUGUCUUACCUGUGUUCUAGCUCCUCUGUGUCUUACCUGUGUUCUCCUGUGUCUUACCUGUGUUCUAGCUCCUCUGUGUCUUACCUGUGUUCUAGCUCCUGUCUCCUUCUAGCUCCUGUGUCUUACCUAUGUUCUAGCUCCUCUGUGUCUUACCUGUGUUCUAGCUCCUCUGUGUCUUACCUGUGUUCUAGCUCCUCUGUGUCUUACCUGUGUUCUCCUGUGUCUUACCUGUGUUCUAGCUCCUCUGUGUCUUACCUGUGUUCUAGCUCCUGUGUCUUACCUGUGUUCUCUGUGUCUUAG